GUGUACAUAAACUAGGACAUCUGUACAUGUCAUGGAAAGCGUAGGAAUUUCCAAGCUCAUGUGAGGAACCUUAAAAGAGCUCCGAGUCAAAGGUUUCCCCAGCUUCCACCUACACAGUACACGCGUUGAAAGAAGAAGAAAAGGGGAACUUCUCAUACCAUAUGUGCAUAUAUCUGUGCAUGUCUUCAUCAAUCUCUCUCUCUCUUUGUCAAUCUCGAGUGCUCUGUCAUCACCCUUUCAGUCUAAUCCUUACCUUCACCAUGAUGACCUUCAUAAGCCAGCAUUUCUCCAAAAGAUUGGGGUCAGGGGGUGUCCAGUGGUCCAUAAAGCAUAGCCAGAGGUGUGUCGUAGGUUUCUGCGUGUGGAUUAUCUUGUCCUGUGGACUCAACCCUGGCUGUGCAGUGCCUGUGAAAGCUGGUUGUGAGGUGAUUGGUGAAGAGAUUGAGGAUUUCCAUGCUCAGGGAGAAGCUAUGGCCAUCACAUUCCCGUUUCUGGAAGCUAACAUUUGGUACAGGAAUCUGCCUGUAGACAACAGCACCACCUUCCAGUUGUUCCACAGCAAGCGUCAUGACCUCAGAAACCAGGGUCACAGGGUCAUACAGGAGGGUCGGGCCCUGUGGCUCCUCCCUUCUCUGCCCUCAGACUCGGGAACGUACACCUAUGUGUUCAGCAGCGACACAUUCUGCCUUACUGGAAGCUUCACCAUGACCAUCUAUGAGAAAGGAAGAGAAGACAUGGAGAUGAUGUCACAUCCUGUUUCUGCAAAGCCAGACAAGAACCUGACCAUCGAAUGUCCACAUAUAAAUCAUUUCAACAGGCUGGAAAGCCCACGCUGGUUCAAGGGUUUUCACGCUGGUGUCCCGUUAAAAAAUGGGACUCGUUACGAAAUUUCGUCAGGAGACGCUCUCACCAUCAGAAACGUUUCCGCAGAGGACGAGGGCCUGUACACGUGCUGGCUGACUGUGAUUUUCAACAAUGCACAAUACAAUGUUAGCAGGACCUGGAAACUACAAGUGUUAUCUCCAGUCACCAGUGUACCAGAGUCUCACACAGAACCCACCACCAAAUCACAAGACGUUACUCUGACAUCUUCCAAUCUACUGCCCCCUCACAUAACCACUCCUGUAAACGGCUCUGUGAUUGAAAGUCGUCUUGGCUCCAGUUUGGUGAUUCAGUGUAAGGCGUUUGUUGGCGACCGAUCACCUGUCAUCACCGAGCUUAACUGGCUGGUGGACGGCCAAUCAGUGGAAAGCUCUCAUCUGCAUGACAGAGCAUUUCAGGAAUCAAGGAGGGUGUCAGCUGGCCAUGUAGAGGCGCUGCUGGUCUUCCUGGAAGUCUAUGAGGAGGACACGAGGGCCAAGCUGAAGUGUGUCGCUGAAAACUUGUCAGGAAAACGGGAAGUUGUUAUACAAAUUAAACUUGAAGACUCCAUGUUGGCGUGGUUAGUGGUGGCUCCUGUAGCUUCCUGCUUCUUCAUGCUGGUGGUGUGUGUGUUCCUGCAUCUGCUGUGCCGCAAACAACACAAGCACAACGACUACAUCCUGGCUCGACAGAACAGCACCUUUUAAAUGCCGUAGUGGUUUCCAGCUCUUUUGAAAUCGCGCCUUCUCACUGUUAAAUUUGCUCUUUUUCUCCCCUGAUACAACCUCAUUUGUUAGAACAAAGUUAGCUAGCUAAAUAUGUCCAUUAUAGAGAACUCCUUGGUAAGAACAUGACCUAGAUGUCCAGCGUUAGAGAGCUAGUUGCUUGAUGCAGGUUUUUUACCACGGAAUAAAUUGAUGUUAAAGUUAGCUGAGAUGAAGUGGACACUACAUAGACGGGGCUUGUCAGAGCAAUUAUCCCUCCUAACUGCCUGUAACUACAACCGUCUUAUGUUGGCUUAGAAAGGUAUCUGGUUCGAGAGUGUGCUCUAAAAAUCAGUGCGUUUAUGAACACUUUUCCCUUUCUGACACCCAAAGAGCAAAUUCUGGCUCUUAAAAAUCACUAUAGUCUCCUGCUUUAUUUUUUCAACCUGGAGGCACAGGUGACAUCAGAGUGACAUGUCUCACUCAGGAGUCUGUUAAAGACUCAAACUCUCAAGCAGUUUAUUUUUGAGCCAUUGUGAUCAAGAAAACACUUCUCACCACACCUUAUUUUGAUCUUUCCUGGAGCUUGAGAGGAAUGAUAUUGGAGUGUUCAUGAAGGUCAUUAGCAAGAGUGAAAACCAUGCGUAAUUCAGAUUAUGCAUGGAUUAUGCAAAUCCAUUAUUCAGAAAACCAACGUUCAGAAAUGGAAGGAACAGACAGCAAGAAAAAUAACUGACGUAAACCUUUAAAGAUUCACAAAAAUCCAAAACAAGAGGAGACCUAGAAAUGUCCUUGGGGAGAGAAGACUAAAAGGUCAUGUUCAUUGAUUGUUUCACUAUUAAUGCAUUACUUGUGAUGAUGAAGAUACUUCUGUAAUAUUUAACUGUCGUAUUAAUGCUCAUUAAAAACAUUUUGGCAACAAAACCAUUAUCUGUUCAUUAAAGAAGUGAUGGCUACAUGUGACUAGCCACUUGUGUGUGGCUAAUUGACCAACAGGUUUGGGAUAAACCAAUUAAAUUCAGUAUGACUAAUUGCAUAAUAAUUAGCUAUCAAGCAGCAAUCAAUGCAAAAACGUAACAAGCUUAUUGAAUAUCUAAUACAGACCAGGAGUACAAUCUCAUGAAAUGUUCAGGUUUAUGCAGACAAAUCACAAACAAGUUUAUAUCUACAGCUUGAUUAUAAAUGAUCAAUGUUUCAAAAGAAAUGAUGCAACUGAAUUAGAUAAAUACUGACACUACUCAUCUUUGCUAGUGUACCUAGCUUAAAACUCAGCAGUGUUGCAAAGCGCUUUUGUAAUGGGUAAAGACCAUAAAAUGGUCAUUUUUGGGCAUCCCAUGUAGUCUCUUACAGGCGUCACUCAGACCCUGUACCACAGAAAUGAUCAUAUUAUGCCACCACGUCAAUUUAGCCAGACAUGUUCUGCUAUUUCAAGUGAAAAUUGUCUUCCUGAGUCUUCUGACUCAAAUGUGUGAUGGUUUAAAUAUGGUGUUUACCCGGU